AGCAAACGUAGUUCGAUACUGAUACAUAGCUUGAAGCAUCCCUAUUUUGCGCAGUUCUGUCAGCGACGUCGAGCAUGAUCGAUGCGUUCUACAUCUUCACCAAAGGCGGGCUACUUCUGUGGUCCACGCAACUGGUGAAGGUCAAAGGGAACCCGCUCGACCGCUUGAUCAAGGAGGUGCUGCUUGAGGAAAGGGUUGGCGAGACCUUUGCCACGCUGGACUCGUACAACCUCAAGUGGAAGCUGCUGAACGAGAUGGACCUGUUUUUUGUGGUGGUUUACCAGGGCAUUCUUCAGAUUGCUUACCUGGAGGGCUUGCUCACCAUGGUGGCCAAGGAGUUUGUGCACCACCUUGGGAACGGCUUUGGUGCUGGCAUGACCAUCAAGCACGUGGAGUUCGACCAGGACUUCUUGCGCUGCCGACAGAAGGCGGAUAAGGAAUUGAAGGACUCCCGGCGGCAAGGUGGCAUGCGCAGCUUCGAAAAUACCAAGAAGGGCGCGGAUGUGCAGAAGAACCGCGAGGAGAAAGGCUUGCCAGCCAAGAAAAGCAAAAGCGGUGCAGAUGGAGAAAAGGACGACGAGGAUGAGGAGGAUGCUGCAGCCAAAGUCGCGGAGGCCCGGGCUAAGCCGUCCAAGGUGAAAGCCAAAGAUGCGGAACCACCCAAGCCCAAGAAGGGCAAGGAGGCGAGGCACUGGGAUGGCGGCAAGGCGUCCAAGAGCCUGAUGCAGGAGUUGGACUUUUCCAAGAACCAGCUGGACGAGGCGGACUUGGCUGCAAAGCAGGCAGAGUUUCUGGGAUCUGGCGAUGAGUUCGAAGCAGAGGAGGUGGCAUCAUUGUCCUCUGGCUCCGAUGAGGACAAGAAAGAAGAGACGGGUCGCGUGGGCGGCUUGUUCAAGAGCCUCACGCGACAGGUUAAGAAUGUCACCGGCGGGGCCGUGCUCACGGAGGAGGAUCUGGAGCCGAUUUUGAAGAAGUUCAAAACGGAGCUCAUGACCAGGAAUGUUGCUGCCGAAGUGGCGGACAAGUUGUCUGACUCAGUGAGGAAGUCCCUUGUUGGUAAGACCACCGGCAGAUUUACUUCGAUGGCUUCGACAGUGAAACAGGCUCUCAAGGAGUCCAUGGAGACGCUGCUGACGCCAAAGAAGUCCAUUGACGUUUUGCGCGCCGCAUUGGCCGCGAAGAACGCGGGGCGUGUGUACACUAUUGUUUUCCUGGGAGUCAACGGCGUUGGCAAGUCCACCAACUUGGCCAAGGUCGCAUACUACCUGAAGCACAAAGGGGGCUUGGAUGUCCUGAUCUGCGCCUGCGACACUUUCCGCGCGGGGGCUGUGGAGCAACUGAAGACCCAUUCCAGGUGUUUGGACGUGCCGCUCUUUGAGCGUGGCUACGGCAAGGACCCGGCGGAGAUCGCCAAGAGCGCCAUCGCGCAUGCGAGAUCCAGCGGCCACGACGUGGUGUUGGUGGACACUGCGGGUCGGAUGCAGGACAACGAGCCGCUUAUGCGAGCGCUCGCAAAGCUGGUCGCCGUGAACAACCCCGACUUGGUGCUCUUUGUGGGUGAAGCGCUGGUUGGCAACGAUGCCAUUGACCAGGUGAGCAAGUUCAACCGGUCCCUGGUGGACCUCUCCGCCGAUCCGAGGAAUCCUCGUGGGAUCGAUGGGAUGCUGUUAACGAAGUACGACACGGUCGAUGACAAGGUCGGCGCGGCCUUGUCGAUGGUCUACGUGACAGGAAAUUUUUCGCUCGGACUCCUGACCUCCUGACUCCCAGUGGGAGAGAUCCAGAGAUCGAGCGGAUCGGAGGUACACGCACUUGCGGAAGAUGCAAGCAAAGGAGGUGGCGGGUGCCCCGGAGCCUCCGGAGAUCCGAUCGAUCGACCAGAUCGAAGCCAUAAGCCAUGGGCUCCGAAGACAAGGAUCGAGACAUUUUUUGCCCGCCCAGUUGAGACAUGGCCGGCUUUUGCGGUUUGCCAAAAUAAAGUUGGAUACCAGCAAUAAAACAAACAUUGGCAAAUCUGGCAGGCCGCCUUAAAUGAAAG